CUCAUCAGAGAGGGUCAUAAUCAGGCCUAGUAUAAGAAGCACAAACUUGAGAUUGUAUCAAUACAAGAUGGACCUUUCUUCCCACCCUUCUGGAUCCUGGAAGGCCCUCCUACUCACAGCCUCAUUUCUCAACAUUUGGAGCCAGCCAGGUGACACUCGCCUCACCAUCUACUCCAGCACACCCAUCGCCACUGUGGGACAAGAUGUUCUUCUCUCUGUCCAAGGACUUCAGAAUAAAAGUCAACUCUUCUCCUGGUUCGAAGGCCUUAAACAACAAAAUCUCAUUCUAUCCUACAACGUUUCCUCUAAAUCCAAGAAAACUGGUCCUGGCUACACUAAGCGGGAGGAAAUUUAUUCAAAUGCUUCUCUGCUGAUCAAAAAGGUCAAGAUGUCAGAUACAAGGAACUACACUUUCCAAGAGCUUGGGCCAGAUUUCUUCAUGGCGACCGCGUCCAAGCAGAUCCAAGUCUACAAGAUGGUGUCCAAACCCGUGAUCACAGCCAACACCACCAGUGUCACCGAAGCCAGAGACUCGGUGGUCUUUCAGUGCUUUACCAGGGAUGUGGACAUCACCAUCCUGUGGUACUUAAACAACCUGCCACUUCCACUGAGCAAGACGCUGUCUCUGUCCACAAAUAACAAGACACUGACUCUGCAGCAGACCGGGAGGAAGGAUGCUGGCUUAUACCAAUGUGAAGUCUGGAACCAGGUCAGCGCCCAGAGCAGCGACCACAUUACUCUGACUGUCAACUAUGGACCAGAGCAGGUGAAGAUCACCCAGGACCCGGGAUCUGUCGAGGUCCACUCCAUCCAGGUCAGUGCCAAUUCCACCCUGACCUUAAGCUGCCAUGCCAACUCUUUCCCACCUGCCCAGUAUGACUGGCUGUUCAACAAUUCCGUGCUGCUGAGAAACAAGGAUAAACUCACUCUCCAGGGGAGCUCCCUGGUGCCGGGGCACUACACCUGCACAGCAUGGAACAGUUUGACGAAGCAGGGGCACUCUAGCUUUGUUUAUAUCAAGACUCUCAUGGAGCCAUCUGUCACCCUUCUCUCCGGUUUGUCUUUCUCCUUACUCAUCGUUAUCAUCCUAGUGGGAAUCUUCAUUGUGGUGGCUCUGCUCUGUGUCCUGGCCUAUUUCCUACGCAAAAAGGCACAUCGGUACUCACAGGAAGUAGUAGGCGGGCCAGGCCAAAAAGAGAAGAAGCUGCCAUCUGUGAGAUAUUGUGACUUUGCCACGUAUGAAAAUGGUCAGCAGCUUCAACAUCAGACCUCAUAUGAACAAAUGGUGAUCCCUACCCAGGAUGUGGACCCCUAUUGCACCUCUCCAAACCUGAUCGAAGAUCCCUACCAGAAACUCACUUUUGCAACGAUGAACAUUUAUGAACAGAUUGGCCCUAAGGAAGCAACCCAGGACUAAUGACCCUCUUGUCAUCUCUCUUCUCUGGAUUCUUUCCUGUUUAUUCAUGUCCUUAAUCUGGGAUGUCCAAAACUGAACACAGUACUCUCAAGGAGAUGUGAUAAGAGCAGCACAUAGUAGGAUUAUGCCUUCCUACUCCUGGAAGCACAGACUCUCCUAAUGCAGUCCAUGAGCCCUGCCUUCAUCACUUUGCUGUCUCAGAUUGACUUUACAGACCAUUAAAAAAUAAAUAAAUAAACUUCUUAAACAAA